AUGCAAUUCAAAUACUUAGCAGGUUUAUUACCAUUAUUUGUCACCGCCGUCCAAGGUAUGGGUGACUUGGGUUUCAAUUUGGGUGUCCAAAACAACGACGGUUCUUGUAAAACUGCCGAAGAUUACAAAUCCGAUUUAGAUGUCAUCAAAAACUACGCCAAAGUCAUCAAGAUCUUCUCUGUUUCCAACUGUGAUACCCUUAAAAUCUUGGGUCCUGUUGCUGAAGAAGAAGGUUUCCAAAUUCAAUUGGGUGUUUGGCCAGAUGAUCCAAACCAAUUCAAUGCUGAAAAGGAAGCUUUAUCUAACUACUUGCCAAACAUCUCCAAAUCUACUGUCAAGAUCUUUUUGGUUGGUUCUGAAGCUUUAUACAGAAAAGACAUGACUGCUGAUGCUUUAGCCGACGCUAUCAAUGAAGUUAGAGAUUUGAUCAAUGACACUAAAGAUAAAAACGGUGACUCUUAUAAAGGUGUUCCAACUGGUUUUGUUGAAAGUUGGAACGUCAUUGCUGAUGGUACCGCCAAUGCUGUCAUUUCUGCUUCUGAUGUUGUUUAUGCCAACUUUUUCGCUUACUGGCAAGGAUCUGAUAUUUCCAAUGCUUCUUAUGUUUUCUUUGAUGAUGCUAUGCAAGCUUUACAAACCAUCCAAACUGCCAAAGGUCAAACUGAUAUUGAAUUCUGGGUUGGUGAAAGUGGAUGGCCAACUGAAGGUCAAAACUUUGGUGCUGCUGAGCCAUCUGUUGAUAAUGCUGCUGAAUAUUACCAAAAAGCUAUUUGUGCUUUAAGAGCUUGGGGUAUCCCAGUCUCUGUUUUCGAAGCCUUUGAUGAAACUUGGAAACCAACCACUUCUGACACUCAAGGUGUUGAAAACAGUUGGGGUGUUUGGGAUUCUUCUAGAAAAUUGAAAUACCCAAUCUCCUGUGACUUCUCCUAG